CAGACAUCAGCGAUAAAGGGUGCAGGAUCCAGAAAAGAGAAGCCAGUAGUGAACACUGACCGUGGACAACAGAUGAAACAGACAGACGAACUAUUGCAAGAAGGUGUGGAUACAACAGUACAUUGAGAGCCGAGAAGGAAGGACUGUGCUGGAGUACUAAUUCUGAACAUGGCACUAGGUCUUUCAUGAACCCAAGGAGCUGAUAUAUUUCCAGAAACCCACCCCAUGGUACAUGCUCAGGAUGUUGCUAAGAAGAAUGGAGAUAGUAAGUCUAAAUCAGGAUCUGGCAACGGACAUUCGUGCUCAUCUCCUGCGAGGAUGCGGAGGAAAUCCAGACACGCCAGCCCUUCUUUUGAGGAUGAAGAGGACGAGGACGAUCCCAUCUACGUGCAUGGUGACGAAGGCUACAGCCCCAACCUCAGGGGCAACUACUUCCGAGAUGGGCAAACCAAGAUCGACUUCGUGCUGGUGUGGGAGGAGAAGGUGCGGCCCCCGAAGAAGAGGAGGGGGAAGCUGGCGGCUCACGAGGCCAGAGGCGACCGGCCACGCGGGCACCACGAGCACUGGAGGAGGAAGUUCCUCAACAACCUGAGAAAUGCCGGGCUGCUGAUGGAGAAGGAGGAGAUGCUGAGCGAGCGGAAAACCAUCCACUACCUGAAGCUGAGCGCCCCGUGGGACGUGCUGGUGUUCUACGCCGAGGAGCUGUGCCUGCGAGCGCCCCUGCAGCCCUGCCUAGCCUGCUUGAGGGCCCAUUAAGGACCAUCAGCUACACAACUGACCCAUGG